AUGCGCGCAUGGGUGCGUUCGCGACGUGGCCCUGCGUGCAGCGCGCUCGAGUUGGCCACUGGUUUCCCUACGCCCGCCGUACCGACAGGCUCGUCGCCUGACGUGCUGAUCCGCGUGUCGCACGUGUCGCUGCAGUUCAAUACGGAAAUGCUGAUGAAGACCCUGCCCAGCUUCUCCUUCAUCAGCCCCUGGAUUCCGGAGAUCGAGCUGUCCGGCGAGGUGGUGGCGGCGGGCGAGGGCGCGCCGGCCGAAGUGCGCGAUCCUGGCACGCACGUUGUCGCCUUUCAGAAAGUUCCUGGCCCCAUGAUCAUGGGCCAUGGCGUGUUGGCCGAGUACGUGCGGUUGCCUAGCAGCCAGGUUGCGCGCAUCGACGCCACGGUUAACAUGGCGUCGGCCUCAGGCAUCAAUUGCUCGGGCAGUGCCGCACUUAAGAUGGUCCGCACAGCAGGUGUGCGUGAGGGCCACACGGUGCUAGUAAAUGGAGCCAGCGGGUCGGUUGGUUCGGUACUCGUGCAGCUGUGCAAGCUGCGCGGCGCCAAGGUGGUCGGCGUGGCCAGCGGCGGCAAUGAGGCGAUGGUGCGCGAUCUGGGCGUAGACGAGUUCAUCGACUACCAUAAGCACAACCCGCUGCCAGCCUACCUGGCACAUCAGUAUGGUGACAAGCCGUUUGACUUUGUGCUCGACUGCGUCGGCACGCAGGCGCUGUUUGUCAACUCGCCAGCCUACCUCAAGACCGAAGGCGCCGUGGUCAACAUUGGUGUGCUUGAGGGCAUCGGCGUGACAGCACGCAACAUGCUGUUCAACAGCUGGCUUCCCACCUGGCUCGGCGGUGUGCCGCGCCGUUAUAUCAUGUUCAGCACGCCGCCAGCGCGUGACGAUACCGUCUACCUGGUGCACCUGAUCGAGGAGGGACGCGUGCGUAUCCCCGUCGACUCCGUCUUUGACAUGGAGGACGCCAUUCUUGCCUACGAGCGCAUCGCCACCAAGCGCGCGCGCGGCAAGGUCGUGGUCAAGGUGCGUAGCGACUAG